AUGAGUGAGAAGGAGAGACAGUCGGGCGACGGCGAGGUGGAAAGGCCAGCAGAGCCCGUUCUGCCGACCGUGAAUCCAGCAGCCGAAAGGUCGGAACCACCAAAGACCGGCCUACACCCAGCAGUCUACAUCGCCACUUGGAUCUCGCUCUCUUCCAGCGUAAUCAUCUUCAACAAGUGGAUUCUUGAUACCGCCAAAUUCCACUACCCAAUCGUUCUCACAACAUGGCAUCUGGCCUUUGCCACGCUGAUGACCCAGAUCCUGGCCCGAUUCACGCACGUCUUGGACUCGCGCAAGAAGGUGCCAAUGACGGGGAGGAUAUACCUACGAGCCAUUGUGCCAAUUGGCCUCAUGUUCUCGCUAUCGCUGAUCUGCGGUAACUUGACCUACCUCUAUCUCUCCGUCUCGUUCAUUCAAAUGCUCAAGGCCACCACUCCAGUCGCAGUCCUGAUCGCAUCAUGGAUCUUUGGAGUCGCUCCUCCAUCAUUGAAGACAUUAGGCAAUGUCUCCUUCAUUGUCUUCGGUGUGAUCAUUGCCUCCUACGGCGAGAUCCAAUUCAACAUGACUGGGUUCCUCUACCAACUCGGAGGCAUCGUCUUCGAAGCCACACGUCUUGUCAUGGUCCAGCGCCUGCUCUCCAGCGCCGAGUUCAAGAUGGACCCGCUAGUCUCUCUCUACUACUUUGCGCCAGCCUGCGCACUCAUGAACGCUCUGGUCGCAUUGCUAUUCGAAGUCCCAAACAUGACACUGGCCGACGUUGAGAAUGUGGGCUACUUCAUUCUCCUCGCGAACGCCAUGAUUGCAUUCCUGCUCAAUGUCUCGGUCGUGUUCCUGAUCGGCAAGACUUCGUCACUCGUCAUGACCCUCUCCGGUGUCCUCAAGGACAUUCUCCUCGUCGGCGCCUCGAUGCUCAUUUUCCGCGACCCAGUCUCCGGACUUCAGGCAUUCGGCUAUUCCAUUGCUCUUGGCGGUCUCGUGUACUACAAGCUCGGUUCUGAUAAGCUGAAGGAGCACAUGGGUCAGGCACAGAGAGCUUGGGCAGAGUACGGAGUCCGACACCCUGCACUUCGAAAAGUGCUCGUCUUCGGCCUUGUCCUCGUAACCUUCUUCCUCCUGCUUGGCGGCAUCUCGUCGAGCGGAUACGUGCCGGAACAAUACAGCGCAAGCAGUCUCGGAAAGGCAGCUUCAGACAGAUUUGCGCAAGGUUGGAGUGGCAAGACCAACGGCUCAUGA